AAGUAUCUAAUAUGCCUCACUUCUAUACUGCCUUCCCCCCCCAUCUCCAGCAAUGGGCGCUGGAGCAGCCCAUCUUCUUCACGGCUUCGGCGCCCCUCACCGGCGCCCACGUCAACGUCUCCCCCAAAGGCCGUCCCUCGUCGACGCUGGCCAUCUUCGACGACCGCCAUGCAGGCUAUCUCGAUCUGACGGGCUCCGGGGCCGAGACCAUCGCCCACAUCUACGAUAACGGGCGGGUCACCGUCAUGUUCUGCAGUUUCGAAAGCAAGCCGCGUAUCUUGCGGCUCUUUUGUCACGGGCGCGUCGUCGAGGCAGAUCAGCCAGGUUUCGAAGAUACACUGGCACGGAUGGGCAAGGCGAAUAUCACGGGUGCGCGGGCGGUGGUCUUGCUGGACAUUUGGAAGGUUUCCUGAAAAGCACAUUACCUGGUUUUCUUUCGGUGAAAGCUAAACAGCAGAUGUAUAGGUUCAAACCUCGUGUGGGUACUCGAUUCCAGUCUUGGACUCGCCGGUCCCUCCAAAGCAGAUUCAGCAGCAUGAUCAUGAUAAUCACGACGACAACAUAGCCGAAGUCCUUGAUAUGAGGGCCGUUCCCUGCAAGUGCUUCUCCGAUCGGUACAUGCUAGAGCAGUGGCUGGUCAACAAGGUCAACAAGGGCGCCCUGGGUGCGUACAUGGUGCAGUACAACGCUCGCAGCCUAGACGGUCUGCCCGCGCUGCGCAUGGCCCGCAGGGAAAGCGGCGAGGUGCUCCUUGUCGCUGACGUCCUGGCGGACCUCAGGCGCCGACUAGAUCACCCCGAGGCGUUGCUGCUGGGUGUCGUGCUGGGUGUGGCCAUGUGUGUCUAUUCGCCUUUUCUCAUUCUAAUCAUGUGGAAAGUGUUGAAGGUGCUCAAGAUUAUUGUUAACUUGA